AACUAUUGUAAAUUAUAAAUUAAGAGGGCGCUAUCUUUAUUUUAUGCCAACUUCUUUGAACACGUGGGUUUGAUGCUGCACUGCUGUAUUAAAUUAAAUAGUUAAAAUCAAUAAUGUCGGAUAUUUCAGAUAGUGAAUUAAAGAAAAGCAUAAAUGAAAUUCUGCAAGGUGCAGAUUUGAAUAGAACUUCAGCAAGAAAAGUCAGAAAACAGUUAGAAGAGAAAUAUCAGAUGGAUUUAACGAAAAAGAAGAAAGACAUUGAUGAUAUAAUUAUGAAUAUCAUCACAGAGAGUAAGCAAAAUGAGAAUUCGGAAGAAGAAAGUCCUGAAGAAGAAGGUUCAGAUGAAGAAUAUGAAUCAGAGAGUGAGGAAGAUGUACCAAAAAAGAAACCAAAAGUGACAGAAUCGAAAAAAUCCAAGAGAAAAAAAGCUGAAUCCAGUUCAGAAAGUGACUGGGAAGAAAGCACAAGAAAAUCAAAGUCAUCAAAGAAGGAAAAAAAGAACAAACCAAAGAAAGAAAAUUCAUAUACUAAAAAGCUAUUGCUAUCUCCAGAAUUAGCAGAACUUGUAGGUGCUAAAGAGAUGGCUCGAUCAGAUAUAGUGAAGAAGAUGUGGGAGAUUGUUCGUGAACGAGAUUUGUUUGAUCCCAACAAUAAACAAUUCAUCAUUUGUGAUGCUCAAUUGAAAAAAAUCUUUGGUGAAGAAAGAAUUCGAAUGUUUGGUGUUAUGAAGUAUUUAAAAGCUCAUUUGACAGAACAGAAAUAAAGUAAAAUGUUCUUUUACAUGGAAAGUUUGAAUGUAUGUGUUUUUACAUUAGUUUUUCAUUAGUGCAAGUGCAGUGUGAAGUGCUAUUUGUAAUUUGUGAUGUAACCAUAUUUAUUAAUAAGCUACAACAAAUCCUGUUUUAGAGUUUUUUUUGACAAAAGUUUUUUUUGUCAAGUAGAAUCUGAAGAAUUGCAAGUUUAAAAAAAAUUUAAUUUAGGUAAUCAUUGCUUCACUAGUGAUUAGAAUCAAUUUUUAAAAUUUGAUUUUCUAUAAAUUUGUUUUUCUAUUUUAUAUACAUUUUAUUACUUUAUAUAUAUAGAUAUAUAUAGAAGUAGAAAAUUUAAAAUGUUUUUCAUUUGAUAUUUUUUUGUAAUGCAGUAAUAUGAAAAAUCAUGUGUACCAAAAUCUCUUGUAACAUUCCAGUAAUAGUCUAAGUUAUUGUUGCAUACUGAAUGUUUAAGUAUGCAUUUAGAAUUUUGUAUCUUAGAUUAAAAUUUAAUAUUGUCAGUAUUAAUCAUAUCAUAAAAUAUUUAGAUGUAUUCAAGUUCUUAUAUGUGAAAAU